AUGGGUCAAAUUAUUUCAAAUUUGUCCUCCGAGCAAAAUGUCGAAGCUAAAUAUCGUCAUUAUCGUAAUUUAGCCGGAGAACAAGCAAGAAUCCGCAAACAAGUAUCUGCACAAGCUCAGAUAGCAUACAAACAUGGAGAUGGAAAAAAAGCCAAGGAAUUAUCGAAUAAAGCAAAAGAACAUUAUAAGGAAAUGGAAAAUUACCAAGAACUAGACUUGCACGGUCUCUUUGUCACAGAAGCGCUAGCAUACACGGAACAACGCAUACAACACUGUAAAUCAAUGAAAGCUAAAAAUUUAGUGAUUAUAGUCGGCCAAGGAAACCAUUCAAUUGAUGGAGUAUCGAAAUUAAAACCCGCGGUUACAGAAUUAAUUAACAAAUAUCAGAUUCGAUGUACGCCGAAUAAACCUAACCCUGGUUGUCUGUUUCUAGAGUUUGAUCAAGGAAAAGGAGAUUUAUCGUGGUUCGACCGAUUGUUUGGUAGUGCUGAGAGUGGUUGUGUGAUCAUGUGA